GCCAAGUCAUCUUCUUCAACCUUUCUUGCGCUCACCGUGGCCGUGCUCCUGAUGAGCCAAGCCCUGCCAACGGCUCACUGCGCGCGGGGUGCAAGCCCCAUGCAUGUUGCGCGCGCCACCGGCGCUGAAGGUGCUCAGUGAUGACUCGUGGACGACUCCUGGUCCUAGCCCCGGCAAGGGCCACCAGGGCAGCAACCGCCACGACUGAAUGAAGGAGCGCUGCUCGCUGAAUGGAUCGAGUACCUGCAUAUAUGGUUUGGAGUUUGGAGGGUGAAUAAAACACUUCCGGCGCGGCGGCCCCUGAGCUGUUGAUGUAAAGAUGUAUCUCCGGACAAGGUAUAGUUUGUAUAUGCUUGCAGUUCAUGAUCAUCGCUUGCAUCUUUACGAGAUGAAUUGAAGGUUCAUAGAUAUAUGCCUCAGUGUGUGUUGAUCAUGUGCUCAUAGUAAUGAGACAGUAAAAGAUCAAAUAUUUUGUUUUCAAAGGACAUGAUUGGUUUUACUACAUUACAGUUCUCCCCUUCGGAGGGAGUAUCUUUGGAAAUUGGAAUAACUAGACGUCUAGAUAUAAACAUACCUACUUGUCGUGGCCAUUCUUCAAAAUUUAAGGGAUGACAGAACUCUCAUACAAAAUGUUCCAAAUGAAGCAACGGAGUCACAGCCCCACGUUGUUCCUCCCUCCAUAUUCCGUCCUGCACUCGCGCCUCCACCUUUUUCUCUAUGGCCAGUCUCCACCACCGCCCAUCCCGGGGCGAUCCUUUCCGGCCAUCCACCGCACCCUAUCACUCCACCGCCCGCCCGAAGAGCCCAUUCCCCCGAGAGAUCUACACGACCGCGUCGCUGCCGCCGCAUCAGCUCGCCAUGGCGCCGCAGGAACCCUCUACCCCGCCGCUGCCUGCAGCGGGCAUGAGGCGGCGCGGCGGCAUCUGCGGUGGCGGCGGCGUGCGCGGGGUCCGCGUCGGCUGCUUCGGCGACCCUGAGAUGAAGCGACGGCGGCGGGUCGCGGGGUACAAGGUGUACGCGGUCGAGGGCAAGGUGAAGGCCUCGAUACGCCGGGGGCUCCGGUGGUUCAAGCGCAAGUGCUCCGGCAUCUUGAGCUUCUGACCACCACGGUUCGGCGACGGCGGCGUGUUCCCAAUCUUCCUGCAAGCAAAAGGACCGUUCUUUGGGGGCUGCAGCACUUCUGCCUACCACGCACUCUCCGGCGGAUUCGGGCUUGACGGUGCCAGUUUAUUUGAUCAAGAACUGUGUAAUUGGGUCUAUUUCGACCGAUCGAUUGUUUGUGUUUCAAAGAAAUUUUGGACA